CAGCAGCAGCAGUUGCAGCAGCAGCAGUUGCAGCAGCAACAACAGCGGAGUAGCAAAUAAAGCUAACUGUUGAAGACGAGGGAGAAUAGUGACGUGGGUUCACGUCAUUUUAGUAUCCGUAAACAAAUUUCUCGAAAAGGAGCUAAUUCUUCAAGCAAUAGGAGUGCACUCGGACUGCGAAAAAGAAACAAACGGCCAUCUUUUCUUUCCUGGACUGGUAUAAUUAACAUCUGACCGUUAAGUCCUGCGCAGCAGGGGAGUGAGUAGGGAGUGAGAAAUACAUUAGUGCCCUCGCUGUUGCAUGUUUCUAAGAAACACGCAACUAAAGUUAAGGAGACCCAAAAAGUCGAAUAAAAUUGGAAAAACAGCUGGGCCUCAACAACCGACGCUUUGGUGGAUAAAGUCCAUGUAGGGCAAACUUCUGAGAGCACCAUCUGUGGAGUGCACACACAUGGGGGUCGUUUGAACUUGGGCGAUUUUGCUUAUUUUUGCUCGGUUGGUGUUAAUGUAUCAUCUACCUUUAAAGAUUUCAAAGUGAGUGGAAUGGGACUUAGAUCAGGUGUCAAUUGGUUAAUAAAUGUAACCGAUCUGACAGUCAAUUUGUUCGGAUUGUCCCAAAAUGUAAGCUUUUGGGCCUCUCUUGAAGGACAAUCUGGCAGCUAUCAAAUGUAUCAAACCAUAUCAGACAGGGAUUUGACAAAACUGUUUCAGUGUGCACUAGGUGGUUAGCUCUAGCUAUGCUUGCAACUCUAUGGGGGUUUUGUUUUUCGAAUGCGCAAAAGGCGAGACCGUUCUAAGAAAAUAAGAAGGGACGUGUUUAGUCGUGUGUAACCUAUAACAGGAAAAUCCCACUGUGUUUGUCAGGGGCACUUUUCCCUUGCUGUGCCACGAUUUUGAAAACGUUUUCCCUCAGCAUCGCCGUACUCUUCCCAUCAUCAUUGAAUCCGUGACCCGCACCACAACCCUGCUGAGACUUCACACACACGGAGAAAGGAGGGAGGGGGAGUUUCAAGCUGGCUGUAUAAAGCUUUUGCUCUUUUCUAACCGACUUUCCCGCUAGUCAAAGUCAGUGACCGACUGACUUGCAUGCGUGAGAGGGUUGUAAAUGUAGCGGUGGCUCUAUUUCAAGACUUCUCAGCUCUAGCACAGUUCAUUCUUUCCCCCUAGGCCUAGGCCAGACACGCUCGUGUGUUGUGUGUGCGCGGUGCGCAGUGGUGCUGAAUGAAAAACCUGGGCGCAUCGUCCCGACAGAGUAAUCACAGUGUGCUCACCAGUAUAAUUUAGCCUGCAAAAAAAAGAGCGCAUAUUCAGCAUUCUCUGCCACUUUCUGCUCCAGUACGCCUCAAUAGACAACGCAUGUUCACAGGGUGCAAUCAGUGCUUAUCAGAGGAAGGCGCUUCAUAUCCCUUGAACCGGAAAGAGAAAAAAAUCGCGCAGUGAGCGGCAGCGCAGCUUAGUACUUUUGGUAAACAGCGAGUGACAGUCACGGUGACUUCACUUGCUUACCGCCGUGCUUAAAGCUGUGUGCACACUGACAAUACACACAGUCUUUUGUCUUUUGGUGAAGGACUUGGCCCAUGCUUAACUAAGACUUGGGAGCUUCAUUACUUAAAAACUCGUUGACACUGUGAAUGGACAAUUAGUUUUUGUUUUGUUUCUCCUUCGUACGAAACUUUUUGUGGUCUUAUAUUCGGAUCUUUUACGUUUUCAAGGUUUCAAGUAUUGUGUUUUGCAAAAGAGCAAGUAAAAAGUGUGGACUAGUCCUUUAACAUUAAAGCAUUUGUUGUGAUCAGUCUAUAAAUUCUGUUUAUACAAGGAUAAAAAUAUAUUCUUAGUCAAAAUGGAGGAGCCUAUAUUUUAUGGCGACUAUAGUUUCAACACUGGAAAACUAAAGCAGUUCAGUGCAUGGGACUACGUUCUAUUCGCUGCCAUCCUCGUUAUUUCUGCCGGCAUUGGCUUCUUUCACGCAUGGAGGGACAGAAACAAGAAGAGUCUGAAGGAUUUUCUGUUGGCAGGAAAAAACAUGGGCCCGAUCCCAGUGGGUCUCUCUCUUCUUGCAAGCUUCAUGUCGGCCAUUACGUUGCUAGGGACGCCGGCUGAGAUGUACAACUACACGAUGAUAUACUGGUGGAUCGGUCUUGGCUACUUUUUAGUCAUUGCAGGAGCGGCGCAUCUCUAUAUUCCUAUAUUCUACAACCUGAAGGUUACCAGUGCCUACGAGAUUCUGUACAUGGCAAUUGUCUUGUACGCCCCCAGUCUAGCGCUCAAUGCUGUGACCGGUUUUACCUUAUGGGGAUCUGUGGUGUCGGUGGGGAUUGUGUGCACCAUCUACACUGCGUUUGGUGGUAUGAAGGCUGUGCUGUGGACUGACUGCUUCCAGGUGUGCAUGAUGGUGGCCAGUCUGCUGGCUGUCCUCAUCAAGGGCGGUAUUAUCGUGGGCGGGAUUGAGCCGGCCUGGGAGUCUGCCAGAAGAACCAACCGUCUGUUGUUUGAUGAUUUCAGCCCAGAUCCUUCAGUGAGACACAGUGUAUGGUCCCUUGUGAUAGGUGGAUAUUUCACAUGGGUUGCCAUAUUUGGUGUAAACCAAGCUCAGGUGCAAAGGGCAAUCACUUGCUCCACCUUGAAGGAUGCCAAAUUAGCCGUGUGGCUCAAUUUCCCAGGGCUUUGCCUCAUUCUUUACCUCUGCUGCUUCAUUGGAAUCUUUAUGAGUGCUUUCUACGAAAAGUGUGACCCUCUGAAAGGAGAAUUUGUUACAGAUUCAAACCAGCUCCUUCCUAUGUUUGUGAUGGACAUUCUUGGAGAUGUGACAGGGUUGCCUGGAUUGUUUGUUGCUGGACUUUUUAGUGGAGCAUUGAGCACAAUCUCUUCUGGACUGAAUUCUAUUUCUGCUGCAAUCCUGGAAGAUGUCAUUCGAGCUUACUUCAAGAAGGACCUACGAGAAGAUAAAGCAAGACUUUAUUCUCAGGUUCUGGCUCUUGUGUUUGGAGCAAUUUGCCUUGGCCUAACAUUUGUGGCUUCCCAGCUGGGCAGUGUUCUUCAGGCUGCCCUUUCCUUAUUUGGCAUGAUCGGAGGGCCUUUGCUUGGAGUGUUCUCACUUGGAAUGUUCUUCCCAUGGGCCAACAAAUGGGGCGCCUUCUCUGGACUCAUCAGUGGCCUCGUCCUUAUGUUUUGGAUCGGUGUUGGUGCUGCAGUGGUUAAACCACCCCAGGUGAAAGCCCUUAGGUUCCACACCAACUGCAACCUGACCAGCUUCAACAACGCUACCGUGGCUCUCAUUAUGGACAACUCCACCAGUCCACCACCGCCAGAAAGGGACCCAACAUACCCACUGUACACUUUGUCAUAUCUGUGGUACAGUGCCACAGCAGUCCUUACAGUCAUCGUCAUUGGGUUGAUUGUCAGCUUCUUAACAGGACCAACAAAGCCCUCAAGCUUAGAUCCUCGACUGAUCUGCCCUCUUUGUGAUCACAUCUUUCCUUUCAACCUUCUUCCUGAAGCCAUCCGCAAGCCUCUCAGAUUUGGUAUCAACCAUGAGGGUAAAAAUGAUAAAGCUUCCAAUAAUGAUGGCAGCUUUGAUGAUGUGUCUGUUGAUCCUUUGAAUGGAAAACCUAAAAAGGACGAAUUAGAAAAACCAAGCUCAGGUUAUGUUACUGAAGAGAAAGGGAAAAAAAUGUAUGAUGUCAGCAAUGUCAGUGACAAAAAUCAAUAUGAUGAGAGUGAAAGAAAGGAAAGUAAAGACAGUGGGAAAGUAGAUACUCAACUGUGAUGAUUUCUAUUCACAGGAUCUUGGUUUGCUUUCAAAUUGUCUAAAUAUUGGGAGUUAAAUACAUGUCAAAAGUAAGCCCCCAUAUAUGGUUGGGUUUACUUUGAUGUUGAUUUGAAGAACAAUGUACACACUUACUUAAUGUUUAGCUUGUUUCAAGUGUUGAACAUUUUGUUUUAUUCAAGGUCAUUUCUUUUGGGCUGUCUUCCAUAUAUGAAGGGUAGUGUGAAAGGGAGUGGUUGCAAAAAGUGAUGAGAGAAAAUUUUAUACUUCAUCAAUGAACUACAGGGUUUUGAGUUUGUUAUUCCUCACUUUGUUUUUCUUCACUAUUGAUUAAUUGAUCAUGUCUGAACUGUAAAUAUUAAAUGAAAAAGAGUCCAGGAUAAAGGUUUAUUUUAAGGUUUUCAGAGGAGAGAAAGUGUUGUCCUUUCCUUAUCUCCAAAUUCUAAUGUCAUUCUUCAACCCACUGUUUAAAACCUAAGCCUUUAUUCAAACCUUUAACUCUUUUCCUCUACUUAACCCCCCCCCCCCCCCCCCCCAUAAAAAUUUUAAAAAACAACCUGUUCCCAAUCUGAAGUAGGGAAUGGGUUUAAAAAAGACUGCACUUGUUAUUAUUUUAUCAAAUUAAAAUUAUUCUAUGUACUGUUCGCAAUAACCAGGUUCAUAAAAAAUAAACGGAAAAAAAAAA